ACGAAAUAAUUGAACGUUAUUUCCGGUCAUUUGUUGUGGCAAGUUUCAAUCAUUCGAGAUAUCCUACAUUUUCAGGCCUCUUCCGGCUUCCCAUGCUGAUGCAUGAGAGAUCCACCAACUUCUUCAUUGUCGUGAUCUAACAAAAUCCCACCAUGCCUCUGCUAGGUCCUCAGCUGGUGUUUACCCUGGUCAUGUCCAGUAUCAUGCAGAAGGUCAUUGUACCCUAUCACUCCUUUGCUCAAUGGCUCCUUGCUAGAGGAAAUCUGAAGUACUUCAAUUAUCCAUCCGACGAUGACCUGAAGAAAGCUGCAGGGAUUAUCCAGAGUAGAGGAAGACAUAAGAGAAACAGACCCGAAAACUUCAACAAGAGGAACGGUGCUGCCUUGGGCGACCAGACUUUCACCGUGCCCAAGAACAUUGACAUAGACCUCGGCAGUGAGACCCUCCAGCCGUCCCACCUACUCACCAUCCGCUACUACGGAGAGUUCAAAUGGCUUCUAGAUUUCACUGUCAUGGCGACGGUGGUGUACACGGUGACUGAAGCAUAUUAUGCUCUGGUCGACACCAAGGGCGAUCUUAAUCUGAGUCUCAUUUGGAUGGUCAUGGGUCUUCUCUUCACGUUACAUGUGCUGUUCUCGCUGACUUCUCUCUACUUCAAGUCCGAUGAUGCCGGGGAGAUGGUCCUGUGUGUUACCUUUGGUUUCUUAUUCCUGAUAGUAGCCAUGGCGGUCAUUGUGAUUGAUGAAAACUACCUGGAGUUUGGAGUGGACGAUGCCUAUGAUGAUUUCCUUCAAGGAGCCCAUGAGCACCUAGCCUACAGUGAGCUUGAAUCCCAGGGUCCCAUGUCACGUACCACCUUUGAGUUCCUCCUGGCCUUCGUAGCAGCCCUGCUCGGAGCGUUCAUGACAUUCCCUGGUCUACGACUGGCGAAGAUGCAUAUUGAUGCUCUCAAGUAUAAUGCUCACCUACCACAUAUGCAGAUUCUUCUGCAUACCAGUUUCCUGUUCCCUCUACUUAUUGCCCUACUGUGGGUGAAGCCAAUAGCAAGAGAUUAUGUUAGGAGUCCUACACUCGGCAAGAAAGUCAAUAUGACUGGGGAUGCAUUAAUGAGUGAUGACACGUUUGACAUUGUUCGGAUCAGCUUCAUCCCCCUGUUUGCCCUGAUCCGCCUAGCUCUGAUGACGCAGUACCUACAAGCGUAUCUCAAUAUGGCUCACGAGAGAAUAGAACAAAUGAGGAAAGAGGCUGGAAGGAUCAACAGUCUUGAUCUGCAGAAAAAGGUAAUCCGAGUCUUCUAUUAUCUGUGUGUUGUGGCACUCCAGUACAUCGCACCAGUUAUUCUUCUCUUCUGCUUCAGUUGCCUAUUAAAAACAUCAGCUGGGUACUCGUAUGGAGUCUUUGACCACUUCCAAUCAAACGCUACAAAUGCAAGUGCAACAGCAGUGCCACACCCUUCACCAUCACCCUCAUCAUCCUCAUCAUCCUCAUCAUCGUCAACGAUCGCAGACGACGUAGCAGCGUUCGUGAACCCUGUGCGUGAAGCCAAAGCCCAGCUCGCGUUCGCUUUAUCAGUCCUUAAACACGUCUUCUCUCCCGUCUUCUUCAAAGGCAUCUUUUCCUUCUUGAUUUGGUGGGUUUGUGUGACCUGGUUCAUCACCAGUUCCUUUGGUCUGGCCUUCCACUCCUAUGUCUCUACUAACAGCUAGUUAUCAUAAACCUCAAGUCUAGUCCAUUUAUUUAUUCAUGUUUUUUGUGCCAAGCCAAAUUUUCAGGCGGGUUUCAGAUCGUUGAUAUGUUAUGAUUCAUCAUUCAUGUAUUGUUAUGUUAUGUCUUCUACUGUUAUUAUGAUCAGUAACAAAACAUUAAAUGAUAGCUCAUCAACCUGUAAACCACUUAAAAAAAUAAAACAAGGCUGUGGCAAAAUAAAACAUUCAUUGUGUUAAAAAAUGGCAAGUAAGGGUAACUGAAUGUAGAUUCAGGUAAGAUCAGGAUUAUGAUGUAGUAAAAAGUAAACUUCUUUUCUAGACUUAACCCAAUAAGUCUGUGUUAUGGAAGGCAGUGGAGAUUAUACAUUUGAUUAAGUGUAUACAUACAAACUAUACUGAAAUAUAUUUUGCUUGCCCAAGGCAUAUAAGAUAUUUAAAAGUCAUUGUAAGAUGUAUUUUUUUCAUUGGAGCUGAGCCUUUCUUUCUUUGACGGUUCUGGGGGGUGUUUCACAAAGACUAAGACUGACUUUAAGUUUGACUUAAAUAUGGCAGGCCAUUCAUGCCACUGGUUGCUCUCAUCAUUGGUCUCUCAACUAUGAUCUUUAGAUAUUAUUUUUUUCCUUCAAUCAUGAGCUAACAAAUCAGGUACAUUCUGUAGAUUCGUGACCACGAUUUGUAUGUCCCUUGAGAAACCAAUGCCAGGAAUAGUUAGAGGAACUAGUGGCAUGAAAGGCCUGCCAUAGUUAAGUUCAACUUAAAGUUGAUCUUAGUAUUUGUGAAACACUCCCCUGGUUUUUCUGAGUGGGACAGUUUGAAUAGUUGGAGGAAAAGACUGCCAUCCCCUCUACAUGGUAUGGUGUUGUGACAAUGAUGUGUUCUGUGCACUGUCCCUAGAAGGUAUAUGGUAUCUGUCAAACAGUUAAACGGAUUCCAGACCGACCGAUUCUUUUUCAUUUAGGGUAAUGUCAUUUCUUUUUGGGUCUGUUGUCAAGCUGGUCUCCGUCUUGUUUGUGUGACAUGGGUAUUAACUCAAUCACUGUUCUCGUGUUUUGGGAAUGUACGAAUCCGAUAAACCGGUUUACUAACAUAUUCAAAUUCUAUGCAUACUUUUUAAACAAAGGUUGUUCUUGACAACCUGAAAGCUUGCCCAAGGCUUUCUGACAUAGCAACAUAUAUUGUAUGCAGAAUGGAUUUUCAGUGAUGUAGUUCAUUCAUUAAUAACGGUUUAAUGGAAUAGCUCGUCACUAGGUCCCCAGGAAAGAUAUAUCCGUAUAUUUGAAUAUGUUAGUAGAAAAGUAAACCUUUCUAUUGAAAUUUAUAUCAGAGAUGAGUGUACUUUUUCUAAACCUGAUUUAUUAUUCUUGUACCUCAUUUUACUUUGUGAGAUCAUGUAUUCACAGUUGUGCAAGAAAUUGUUUUUUUGUACAACUUUGUAAUUAUCGGUGAAGGUUAGAUGACAUAACUUCUUGUGGUAUUUUCUUGAUACUUGUUGAAGCUAGAUUGAAGUGUAUAGCAAACAGUUAGUUAAAUGAUCUGCAGUGAAUUUAGCAGUGUAGAUUUUGUCGGUGUGCAAUAUAUAUUUAGCUCAAAAACAGUAAAUUGGUCACUUCUUUACCACAUAGCAUUAUACUUGCCCAGUUGCAGGUGGGUUUUUUUGCCAAAAUAUUAUUUGGAUAUACACUGACUGGACAUAUUGAUUUUCUAAGCCCUUUUGCUACGAACUUUGUGAAUCAUCACUACGAACGCAUUUAGAGGUUGGAAUGUAAUUUUGACAAUCGUAUCCAAAGUAUUUGAAAUCAAUUUGAAGAUAUUUGCAUGGUGCUUUUUUUUCUGUUGAUAUAGACUGCUAAUAUCAUGCAAUGAAUUUGCACAUAUUAUAGCUUUCUGUUGAAAGUAGACUACCUCCAUGUUCUACUGUCUUUAUGACUUACAUUUUGACUGGUCAAAGCCAAACGAAAUGGCCGAAGAAUGUAAGUGAGGUCUAGAAAAAGUUUUGAAAUUAUGUAUAAAAGCAUAACAAGUUCAACAAAUGAUAAAAACAAUAAAAAAGAAAUCUUGGUGCACAGAGACACUUGCUACGGUACAGGAUACCAGUAUGUACCUUUUGUAUUUAAAAUUAUAGGAAUGAAAAUUGUUACUCAUCAUUAUAGACCAGGGAUCCGUUUCACAAAGCCUUUUUUCGAUGACAAAUGACAAAAAUCAGUGACAAAUCUGCUGAUAACCAAUCAGGAGCAAGGAUUUCACUAGCUUAUAACAAAAAUUGUCAUUUGUCACUUAUGACAAGUUUUGUGAAAUUGGGGCCCAGGACUGUGUGCACUUUUGAACAGCAGGGUAUUUUCAUCAUAGAUCAAAUACCAUAGCUUCAAUGUAUAGAUAUGAAUUAGAAUAUUCAAAGCUAUGCAAAAUUCUCAAAUGGAAACUUUCACUUGUAAUGUGAAAGGAAAGCUAUCAGUCUUAGUAUUUAACAUCAUGAAAUUCCUUGUCAGGGAAUGUGAGAUGUACUUAAUUGGAACGAUUGGUUUGUUAUCUGUUUUCAAUAAAUCUUGAGUGAAAAACUUGA